AUGCUAAAAACAUUUUUACCUUGCCUCUUCGCUGUUGAAACUGUAGAAAGCUCUAGAAUCACUAGGUGCGCAAUUAUUCCCAACUCGUUUCCUAAACUCGGCGAAGUCGACGAGAUCUCUUCCGACGCCGCCUUCAUCGCUGAGUAUCCUGGCGAGGAGUCCGAUGACGGGGAGAGAACCGACGACUGUGUUGGCGAAGCUGGAGAUGGAGUUUGGUUUCUCUAUGUAAGCUCGGAUCGUCGACAAGGCGAUUCCUCCUCCUCCGUCUCCGUGCUUGAUGAGGCGAGAGGAAGCAGGGGACAUGGCGGGAAUGCGGAGACACUUCACAUCAAUGGCGUCCCUGGCUUCACUAAAGACCACCUCUCAGCACUUUCGACUUACCUUCCUCAAGAGGGAGCAAUCGACCUCGAGGUGUGUCCAAAAUGCGACCAAGUCAGGAUAAUUCCGCCUUGCUCAAGAGAAUCUUGUAAACGUGAGGGAAGGAAAGCACGGGAGUGCAGGGGAUGCUGGUAUUGCGUCCCUAGAUGCAUGGAGUGUGCAGUGUGUCUCGGCCCAGACACUGAGGUUGAAGAAGCAGCGUGUGAGGGAGACGUUGUGUGUCUUGCUUGUUGCCAAGCGCUUCCAAAGUGCAGGUUCUGCAACAAACCAUACUGCACAAGUCACAGCAGCCUGCGACAAGGUAACACAACGACGGACGCGGCUAUGUUUGCAUGCCAAGCUUGUGACUACAGGACAGGAGCAAGCGCAAGCGAUCCUAUCGUUUUAGACUAAAGCCAAACUUGUUACCAAAGCCAGUAAGAAGAUUUGGACUUUCAUAUCUAAAAACAUUUGUUGUUCUCUGCUCUUUGUUUAUGUUCUUUAUGAAAACCUUGGAUUAUGUAAAAUCCAAAAAUAUUCAUUGUGUAAUAAAUUAAAAUUAAAAAAGUUUUCAA